AUGAAAAACCGUCUGCUUCCAAUGUCUUUCUGGAAAGAACCAAACAAAACACACCCUAUUCUGCCUCCAAUUUCAAGCCAACAUCACGGCGAAGAUGAUCUAGGUAUCAAUGUUGAGAACUUAUCUAUUGACCAUGGCGAGGCAUCGGCCCAAGAAAAUCAGAUCCCAAAAUGUCAAGUUUUUGUUUCGAGUAAAAGUGAUCAACUGACGGAACAACUUUUCGAGUGCGUCAAUAAUGAGACAAAAUUUACCAAACGAAAGCCAGUAAAAUCACAGCAGGUUAAAAACUUUAAGCCAGAACUGUUGCGCCGAGGAGACCCUUUUCUAAUCGAGAAUAUCCUUGACAAAUUGCCACCUUCCUUGACGAUCGGCGAACACCAGACUCUACAAAUCAUACGGCUCAAGAGGAUGUCGGAUCCGCCAGUUGAGCUGCCAACGAUAGCCACUUUCAUUCUCUCUCUCUCUCUCUCUCUCUCUCUCUAUCUAUCUAUCUAUCUAUCUAUCUAUCUAUCUAUCUCUUUCUCUUUCUGUCUAUCUAUCUAUCUAUUUACAUUUGCAAAUUAUUUAAACAUGGCAGCCAAUAUAUUCGUUUAUAAAUCAACCUAA